UCUGUUAGGACUGUCAGAAACAUCUAAAUAUUAUUUGUAUAUCGUCCUAUUCUGAAACAAGUAUUCGAUCAGUUCUUUGUUUUGUGGCUUUCACAAAUUCAACACAAUGAUGAUACCACAUACGAAGGAAGCUAAGGCUCAAGAAAACAAGAAAAUAUGCAAAAAUAUCAAACGAAUCAUUUUCAAGGCGACCAAACAAAACGAUCAUGAACGUCUUAAAAUACUACUUUCUAAAACCCAAUUUGCAGAUGUCCUGAACGACGAUAAUGAAACUCCACUGAAUAUUAUCAGUAAAAGAAUAAAAACACAACAACAUAUUGAAACGGCGAAAAUUUUAUUACGAAAUGCUGCAGAUCCACUGUGGCAAGAUAAUGAUGGCAUCACACCAGCCAAAUAUUUAUUGUUGACGAAAGAUUCAUCGCUCAUCGACCAUUUGUUGGAGUAUCUAUAUGACGUGCAGGCAUUCCUAGACCCAGACAAAAACACCGCUUUGCACAUAGCUCUAGAGACUGGCGAUAGACCAACAUUUUCAAAACUCCUCAAGCUUCACGCCAAUCCUAACAUCAAGAACUCCUUAGGCAAAACCCCAUUACACAUGGCAGUAUUAAGCUCUAAUCACGACUGCCUGAAGGACAUGAUGAACAAUGGAGGAGAUAUAAAUCUACCAGGUCGAGAAUACUUAACACCUUUACACAUGGUGGUAAGAAAGAAGUGUAUGAAGAGUUUGCAGACUGUUUUAGCCUUCAAGCCCAAAACAGAUGUCACGAACACUCAUCAAUUGACUCCUUUGAUGGAGCUUGUGCUAUCCAACGAUGAUGCAGCAUAUCCUCUCAUUUAUGAUUUGUUGGAGCAUGGAGUUGAUCUGGGACUUACUGAUUCCAAAGGGUACAACUGCCUCCACCAGUGGGUUGAUCGAAUGCUUGAUAACAAUUUUGACGGUACCUUUACCUAUUUGUUACGCCUAUUCAUUCAGUAUGGUUUAGAUAUCAAUGCGGUGACAAAGGAAAAUGAGACAGCCUUACAUAUAGCAAUUCGCAAGUGUGAAGAAUCUAUAGUGUUAUCUCUGCUAAGAUAUGGAAGCGAUUUGAUGAUCAAAAGUCAACAUGGAACGGCUUUAGAUACAGUUUUGAUCAGACGACGUCACCCUCGUAUUUUAGAGUGUUUGGUCAGCUAUAUUGCUCUGAAUGGAUGUUCUGAUAUUCAGGAAUAUUUAUCUCUCAGACAUUCCAUAAUGAGUAUUAAUUUAUUGAAAACUAUACUCAGUAAAUGUCAAAAACAAAUGGAGCUUUACAAAACAAUAGCUAUAACCACAAACUUAUCACUCUAUGAUUUCAUAACCAUGAGCAUAGAAACUAUAGCUCGUCGUAUACCGAAUAAUGUAUUGAAAAAUGAUUUGGAAAUAGAAAUUGGACCUUACACGACAUUUCAUAGGAUUGCAGAUUUUAAAUUACAAGAUGUUCAAAGAUGUCAAACGGCUUACUUACACGUUGGAUUAUUUUUGAGAAGUGUUUUUCGCCCAUUCGUGGAAGAAGAUGAAUUUGCAAUAUUUAUAUCCGAUAAUAUAGUUCCGUAUUUUGGAUAUCACGAAGCCUUCAAAUUGCAUAGACGUUUGAUUUUGUUUCUUGAGGAAGGCAGUCCCCAAGAUUUGUUUGCCUGAAUAUAUUUAAUCGAUUCUUGAGAUUAUAUGAAAACAUUGAGAGUAACACCUCAUUUUUCAUUUGUUUCGAUAAAAGAAAUUUUAUUGAAAACUUUAAUU